UUUUUUUGCUCUCUCUUGGUGUAAAGAUAACGGCAGUUCGCACAGAGCUUUAAACCUAAAUAGCGAUAAACUCGGCAUUUAACUAUGGGUUAUUAAAGACUGGGAUAAGUUCAGUCUGAAAUGGUGGCAGUAUUUUAAUUGAAGCUCCUAAAAUUGAAAUGGAACAUCUUACGGUUUACUUUGAUAAUUCUGAAUUAGGUGAAUUAUUUCGAAAACAGUGAACAUUCUUCCGAAGUUUUAAUACGUUAUUUAUAUUAGACACUAAAAGAAAUAGGAAUUAACUAUAAACCUUGAUUUUUGUGGGAUGAAUUGUUGUACGGGAUAUUUAAUGAAUAAAAUUUCAAGAUUAAUGACAAUUGGGAAAAUUAAACAAAAGUAAUAAAUAAUUGUAUUGAACUUAAAAUACAGACUUUUAUAUCUUCUGUGAUAAUUAUAAAGUUAAUAUAGUUAUGAUAUGUGAGUUCCUAACAACGACUUUUAGAGGUUGACAGACAUUUGGAAUUUUCACUACAUAUAUUAUCCGAAAUAAGAAAUCAGAUGAACCGUUUCAACCUUUAGUGAAUUUAGAUGAACUACUUUGAAUAUUUUUACCGGAAAGAGGAACGAUUUGUUGGAACCCAAAGAUAGAAUAAUCGUUUGUUAGUGAGGCGGUAUCGCGCUUGUUAUCAAUUGAGAACCAUGUUUCAGAACUCAAUGACGGAGGCUACACCUCAGGGAUACGAUGCCUCAACACCUAGUUCCUAUCUUUAUCCUAGCACCGGAAGUUCAUUACAUGUUCCAACUCCAAGAAGUGUUGUACCUAUCCAAUAUGGCAGCCAGACCGGAAGUAACGUAAGCAAUGCCUAUAACCAGAUUGAUAAUUCGUACUCUGGAGCAGUAUCCCAACGCUAUGGUUACAGUCCCACAUCUGCUUCCCAUAUACCCCCACCCUCGGGGCGAUCAGAGGGAGUUUACUCCACAACCCUACCCCGGCCACCAGGAAUCAGCCCAUAUCCUUCCUACAUGAGCAACGAGAUCAGCCGGUGGUCAACAUUUAACAGUAUGACGUUACAACCCGGGCUUUGGCGAACGGGACCAGACGGACACGAUUACUUCGCGGAUUUAGAAGGUCGUGAAUGUGUCAACUGUGGAGCGAUAUCAACACCAUUAUGGCGUAGAGAUGGUACCGGACAUUAUUUGUGUAAUGCCUGUGGACUUUAUCAUAAAAUGAAUGGCAUUAACCGACCUUUAAUAAAACCACAAAGGCGAUUGUCUGCCUCAAGACGUAUUGGAUUGUCAUGUUCUAACUGUCAUACAAGUACGACUACGUUAUGGAGACGUAACAACGAAGGUGAACCAGUCUGUAACGCUUGUGGUCUUUACUAUAAAUUACAUGGGAUCCAUCGACCACUAGCAAUGAAAAAAGACGGAAUACAAACUCGAAAGCGGAAACCAAAGAGUUCGGGAAAAGAACGAAUUUCUGCAAACAGUAAAACUUCAGAUAAACCGGAUACCAAAGUUAUCCAGUCUUCAGUUCUUAGCUCUACUCAAAAUGUGUCAAUCAAAAAGGAAUCUCAGCCAAUCAAAUCAUCCAAUUAUGAACAUGGCAUGUUGUUACCGAUUCGGUCACAUGCGUCAUUUGACGAUAAUAUGACUCCCGAAAAAUCUCUUACAUCACUGGUGCCAAGUGAAAGUCAUUCAAUUCUGUUUCAGAGAAGUACGUCACCACACAAAAUGAUGAUGUACAGCUCUAGUUCCUCACAUGAAAUUUCACCAAAAGCAGCGCAUGCACAGCGCCAUGAAUCUCAUGUUCUUCCGUCCUUAUCAACUAUGUCUGUUGGUGUUUUUUGACGUUUGUCUAUUACAUACUAUUUUUCUAUACCAAUUUUAUAUUUUUGACGAAUUCUAUCGCAAUCUAAUUUUUGAUUCUUAUAAACGAAACCAAUCCUUCCUUUCUGGAGAUUUCUGGCGCAGACAUCACCAUGUGUGCACUUGAAUAAGACACGCUGUCCCCGUAUUUCGGUCGUAAAAAGUUGGGUACGGAUAUAUUAAUAGUGGAAUGCAAGGGUAAGCAUGUCAUAGUAAGUUCUGUGUCUUGCGACAUGCGUACAAACAUUCAUAUUACACGGGAAUGUUACGAGUAAGUGUGAAUAUUCAAAGAAAUAUUGACCAACACAGACGCCAUGCCCCCUUUUUCAUUAGACAUAAACCUAUGUGCCAUAUCAGGUGGCAGCCCUAAUAAAAUAAAUGACAUUUCUAAUAAAAAAGUUUUUGUUUGGGACAAUUGUUUUAUUAUCGGUAAAAUAACUGUUUUAUAUUUAACAACAAAACACAUACUUAUGGAAAACAGCUACUAGUGUAUUUAAGGCGACGUUUCGUAGAGUGUUCUCUCAACGUUAUCAAGAUAAUACAGUAAAACAGGUAUGAGGCAAAUAUAUAUAGACAAAAUACAACAACAUAACCGAAACCAUACAUAUUUACGUAGAAGUUUUUGACGAUUAGACAGAAGCAGAAAAUUAAUGUGCACAAGAAUAUAAGUUACUACAUUUAGUAACGUAAAAAUUUUUUUAAUGUACUUUUGUAUUGCAAAAAAAUCCCAAAAUAACAAGUUUUAUUGUUUAA